GGAAACGGCAAUCCACAAAUCUGAAUACACUUCUCAGUAUUGUGAAAUUGUAGGACAAAAUUGGCCGUCGCUUUUGCUUUGCCACAUAUCCUUACUCAGAGUUCAAAUAAAACCUAUAGUGGUCACUAGGGGCGCAGUCGGGUCCAGUUAAAGUAUGGGGAGUCUAGUUAGGCUGCUUGUGGGUGUGCAGCGGGCUCUGCCGGGAUCAGUGUGGGCUGUGAGAAGGCUGAGUUCGGGGGCAAGUGAAGUAUAUGCUGCCCGGCUAGAUGGAAGCAAUGAGGGAAUUGCGGAGAUCAUCAUGUCCAGACCUCAUGCCAGGAAUUCACUGGGAAAAGUGUUUGUCAGUGAGUUCUUUGAUACUGUAGACAAUCUUCGCCAUGACUCCAGCGUCCGUGUAGUGGUUGUAAAAAGUAGCAUACCUGGCAUAUUCUGUGCUGGAGCCGAUUUAAAGGAGCGGGCACAGAUGGACAAUGCAGAAGUCUCGCUCUUUGUGCAGCAGCUAAGAAAACUGAUGAGUGAGAUUGCUGCGCUUCCAAUGCCCACUAUUGCUGCAGUGGAUGGAUUUGCUCUGGGUGGUGGCCUAGAGUUGGCUCUUGCUUGUGAUCUGAGGGUAGCUGCAUCUUCAGCUAAAAUGGGACUAAUUGAGACCACAAGGGGACUACUUCCAGGAGCAGGAGGAUCGCAGAGACUGCCACGCCUGCUUGGUAUCGGUCUUGCCAAAGAGCUUAUAUUUACUGGUCGUCAGAUUGAUGGUACAGAGGCACAGCAUAUAGGGCUGGUGAAUGAUGCAGUGCCUCAGAAUGAGGAAGGAGAUGCUGCAUACUUGAGAGCUUUGGAGCUGGCUCAGGAAAUACUUCCCCAGGCUCCAGUGGCUGUUAGGAUGGCCAAGUUGGCUAUGAAUAGGGGCAUUGAGGUUGAUAUUGCAUCUGGAAUGGCCAUUGAAGCAAUGUGUUAUGGACAGGUUAUUCCCACUAAGGAUCGAUUGGAAGGAAUGUCAGCUUUUCGGGAGAAACGCCAGCCACAUUACACUGGCAAAUAAUGCCAGGAGAUUAUGAAAACGCUUCUUCCUAAAAGAAAAACAAACUGCAGGAACUUUGAAUUUUAUAUCCACAAAUACUUUAAUAUAUGGCUAUGUAUUAUUUUGAACCAAAAGUAAACUGCUUUAUUAACAACAAA